GGAGUCAUAGGACACAUAAACAUUCCUUCGUUCCUCAUGGCGUCCGUCUUUGAGCCCUCAGUGUGGAGUGACUUCUUCCGCCGAUACAAGCCGCAGCCACCAAAUAUCUCACAGGAAUGGAUGAAGACCAGAAGAGAUAAACUGAAGAAAGAUGUUCUCUUAUUGUUUAAGACUUGCACCAACAAUUUAGAUAGAAUGACACUGGUGGAUGUAGUCCAACGCCUAGGAAUAGAACACCUGUUUGAAGAACAGACGGCUACUGCACUAACUGACAUCCAUCGAAGUGAAUUCAACAGCUCUAAUCUCCAUGAUGUAUCUCUUCGGUUCCGCCUUCUUCGGGAACAUGGACUUUGGGUAUCUCCAGAUGUGUUCAAAACUUUCAAAGGAGAAGAUGGCACGUUUAACCAUGAUAUAACAAAAGAUCCAAAGGGACUCUUAUGUUUCUACAAUGCAGCAUACGUGUUAACCCAUGGCGAGCCAUUACUCGAAGAGGCCAUCUCUUUCACGAAAUAUCAUCUGGAAUCUUUGGCACCAAGCCUCGUCUCCCCUUUAGCUGAGCAGGUCAAGCGUGCCUUGCAUGUACCCUUGCCAAGGACCUACAGGAGGUUGGAGGCACUGCAAUACAUGCCAGAAUACGAAAAAGAAGUAGGGUACAAUCCAACUCUUCUAGAGCUUGCAAAGCUGGAAUUUAACCUCCUCCAGAGUGUCCACUUGAAGGAGCUCAAAGCUAUCUCAGAGUGGUAUAAUGAUCUGUCAGCAUACGUGGAGCUAAGUUUUGCUCGGGAUCGUGUGGUGGAGUGCUACCUUUGGGGCUACUCUGUCUUCUAUGAGGAAGAGUACUCUCUAGAACGAAUGAUCUUUGCAAAGUGCACAUUUGUGCACACAUUAUUGGAUGACAUCAACGACGUUCGUGCCACCUUGGUGGAGUAUCGGAAGCUAGACACAGCCAUACAGAGAUGGAAUGAGAGUGCUAUUUCCCUUGUGCCCAACUACUUGAAGAAGUUCUAUAAUAAACUUCUGAUGUGCUUUAGGGAGUUCGAGGAUGAGUUGACACUUAAUGGUAGAUACCCGAUUGAUCACAUCAAGAAGACGUUCCAACAACAGUCAAAAUUUUAUCUCCAUGAAGCUGAGUGGUUACACCAGAACCACAAGCCAAGCUUUAAAGAUAAACUGCAUCUGGCUGCCAUGUCCACGGGCGUCACCGCGCUAUGUGUGUAUACGAUGGUUUGCAUGGGUGAUGGAGCACCCAAGGGAGCACUCGAGUGGGCACUUGGAUACCCCGAUGUCAUCAUGGCGUGCGCCAAGAUUGGGCGCUUAAUGAAUGACCUUGCUGGCUCAUCUAAAGUACGUACACACUUAUGGGCAUAUAUUUUAUCUGUAACUAUAAUCUCUGGCAUACUACUACUAGCAUACUCAAGUAUUUAUUAGAUCAUGACCAUAAUC